AUGCUGCGCUGGUUCAUCACCGUGAUCUUGUGUGCUGCCUUCCUGGGGCUGGGAAUGAGUGUUGCUAUACUGGGACCGACAUUUCAAGAUUUGGCAACAAAUGUGAACCGCAAUAUUAGCAGUCUUUCUCUGAUUUUUGUGGGCCGUGCCUUUGGAUUUUUAAGUGGCUCAGUGAUUGGUGGAGUUCUUCUUGACAUUAUGAAUCAUUUUCUACUCUUGGGGGUGUCAAUGUUGACCACCACAGUUGGUCUUUAUCUUGUUCCAUUUUGUAAGACAGCAGUAUUGCUGAUUGUCAUGAUGUCCGUCUUUGGUGUUUCAGCUGGCGUUCUGGAUACAGGUGGUAACGUCCUAAUCUUGGCUAUUUGGGGGGACAGAGGAGCCCCACAUAUGCAGGCCUUACACUUCAGUUUUGCCUUGGGUGCCUUUUUGGCUCCACUGCUGGCUAAGUUGGCUUUGGGCACGACGGUGUCUGCUGAAAACCACACAGAGCCUGACUCUAACCAUUCUGCCCUCAACCAGUCGCCUGAAGUUGACUCAGAAUCUCUGCUUGGAGUACCUGACAACACGAAUUUACUGUGGGCGUAUGCUGUUAUCGGUACUUAUGUUUUUGUAGUUGCUAUCUUCUUUUUGGCUCUGUUUUUAAAGAAGAGCUCAAGGCAGGAAAAAGCAAAAGCAUCUGCUCAGAGGUCUCGAAGAGCUAAAUACCACAGUGCCCUUCUUUGUCUCCUUUUUCUGUUCUUCUUUUUUUAUGUUGGAGCCGAGGUAACAUACGGCUCUUACGUUUUCUCGUUUGUGACCACCCACGCAGGCAUGACGGAAAGUGAAGCGGCUGGGUUGAACUCCAUCUUCUGGGGGACCUUUGCAGCCUGCAGGGGCCUAGCCAUCUUUUUUGCUACAUGUUUACAACCUGGAACCAUGAUUGUGUUAAGCAACAUUGGCAGCCUGACAUCAUCCUUAUUGUUGGUGCUUUUCGACAAGAGCCCAGUUUGUCUCUGGAUAGCGACUUCGGUGUAUGGGGCCUCGAUGGCCACCACGUUUCCCAGUGGUGUUUCUUGGAUUGAGCAGUACACAACCAUCCAUGGGAAAUCUGCAGCAUUUUUUGUAGUCGGUGCUGCCCUGGGAGAAAUGGCUAUUCCUGCAGUAAUUGGAAUUCUUCAAGGACAAUACCCUGAUUUGCCUGUAGUUUUGUACACCUGUUUGGGGGCAUCGAUAGCCACUGCUCUUUUAUUUCCCAUGCUCUAUAAAUUAGCCACCUCACCUCUCAAUCAACAGCGAAAAGAACACAGGCAAAGCGAGGACCAGAAAGCUUUGCUGUCUAGUUCUGAGCUAAAUGACUAUGAGGAAGACAAUGAAGAAGAGGAUGCAGAAAAAUGGAAUGAAAUGGAUUUUGAAGUGAUCGAAAUGAAUGAUACAGUGAGGAAUUCUGUAAUAGAGACAUCUAAAAAUAUUCUGAUGGAGCCCUUGGCUGAAGUCUCCAGUCAGUUCCACUCCAGUGCAGUGGUACUGGAGUCCCCUCCAGUUGAUAGUGGCCAGUCCCCUGUGAAUCAUUUGCAAGAAACCAGGCUAAAAGGGACUAACACCUAG